AUGCCGCCCGCGAGCAAGGGCGGCGGCAGGAGCCGGGAGGAAGGGUUCCUUUUUGUGCCCAUCACCCAUCCAAGCGAGACCAAGGCCUGGAAGAAAAAGGUCAGAUCGCACGCCGCACGCAAUCCAAAAGCCCGUCAGCAGCGGGUGGCCGCCUAUCAGAAGUCAACCACACCUCCUGAGCAAAGCCAAAUCGAAGAUUCCCCGGCUCGCCCAUCGAUUCAAUCUGUGAGGUUGUGGCUUGUCACGACCCUGAAAAACGGCUCGCGUUCUGGCCACACCCCCCUUCUCGCCGGCAGCCCCGUUUCAAUGCUCGGCGCCGCUAGAACGGAUCCAUUCAACGCCUUCGUCAGGAGGGUCACUAUCCAGGAGCAAGGACUUCUUGACCACUUCCUACGCAGCAUGGCGUUACUAGAGUUGAUCCGUUUGCCAGAGAUGGAAGUGAUGGUGCAAGGUGAACGAACGGCAUUCUGCAAGAUGAUGACGACCUACUGGGUGCAGUCAGCCCUCGCCGAUCCGGGAAUGCUUUCUUUGGUACUGCUCUGGUCUAUGCGACACCUUGCCACUGUACGAGAGGAGGGCUACAAUGACCCUGUGAUGACGAUGUAUAAGAUGGAGACCAUACGCCAGCUCAACGCAACAAUCACCAGAGAGGGAAACAAUAUCAGUAACCUCACCAUGGCCAAGAGCCUUUGCUUGGCAUCAGACGCUAAUUUGGUUGGAGAACCUGACGUAGCCGAAAAGCACUUGAAAGCCGUUGAACGCAUGGCACUUUUGUGCACCGGUGGGACAAAGUCGGCUGUGGGAGAGGGGGAUGAGUCGCUCAACGAUCUGCAAAUGUUCUUCAGCGAGAACGAUCUGUCCCCGGCACACAUGGCACAGGUCAAUCUCAGCUUCAAAUCAGAAGAAUCGAAAAGAGCUGGGGGAGUAAACCGGAACAUGGACUAUGUAAUACGUCCGACAAGAACUCCGACGAGAGCUGCCUAA